CCUCCCCGCCCUGCGCCCGCCGCCCGCGGGUCGGCGCCCGCAGCUCGGAGCGGCGCCGGAGUAGGAGCUGGAGCCGCCGCCGGAAACCGGCCGGAGUCGGGCCCGGGGGUGAAGCUUGAUCCCGGCGGCGCCCGGAGCGGGUCCCGAGCCCCGCGCGGCUCAUGGCGGGGCCGCGGGGCGCGCUGCUGGCCUGGUGCCGCCGCCAAUGCGAGGGCUACCGCGGCGUGGACAUCCGCGACCUGAGCAGCUCCUUCCGGGACGGCCUGGCCUUCUGCGCCAUCCUGCACCGGCACCGGCCCGACCUGCUAGAUUUUGAUUCGCUUUCCAAGGACAAUGUCUUCGAGAAUAACCGUUUGGCCUUUGAAGUGGCUGAGAAGGAGCUGGGGAUCCCCGCUCUCCUGGACCCCAAUGACAUGGUCUCCAUGAGUGUCCCUGACUGCCUCAGCAUCAUGACCUACGUGUCCCAGUAUUACAACCACUUCGCCAGCCCUGGCCAAGCUGGUGUCUCAUCACCUAGAAAGGCCCAGGCACCCUCCUCCCCGCCAUCCGAAGCACCUACUCUGGCAGAACCAGAAGACAGGGCUCAGGGCGAGGAACUGUUGUCGGGCAGCCUGUCGGAGCAGGGCGCCCGGCAGACCCCCAGCAGCACGUGUGCCGCCUGCCAGCAGCACGUGCACCUGGUCCAGCGCUACCUGGCCGAGGGCAAGCUGUACCACCGCCACUGCUUCCGGUGUCGGCAGUGCUCCAGCACCCUGCUCCCCGGAGCUUACAGAAGUGGGCCUGAGGAAGGCACCUUUGUGUGCGCGGAGCACUGUGCCAGGCUGGGCCCCGGGGGGCGGUCGGGGGCCAAGGCCGGGCCCCAUCUGCAGCCAAAGCAGCAGGAACUUGCAGAAGAAGUCAGGGAUGUGGACGGAGGCGGCACGGGUGCUAGUGCGCCCGCAGAGGCUGAGGUGGCUGUCCCCAAGGCCAGCCCCGAGGCCCGGCCCCAGAUCCCCACCAAGCCCCGGCUUCCAAGCAAACCACAGGAACUGGGCAGCUUCCCGGCCGGCCGCCCCACGCCUGCCCCGAGGAAGGCCCCCGAGAGCCCAGCCCUGACACCCCCCACGCCCCGGCCCCGGUCCAGUCUGCAGCACGAGAAUUUGGCCGAGCAGGGUGGCAACAGUGGCCUAGUAAAUGGAAGGCUGCACGAACCCCCUGUCCCCAAGCCGAGAGGGACGCCCAAGCUGUCAGAGAGGACACCAGCCCCCAGGAAAGACCCCCCAUGGAUCACACUGGUGCAGGCAGAGCCAAAGAAGAAGCCAGCCCCCCUCCCCCCGAGCAGCAGCCCCGGCCCUCCGAGCCGGGACGGCAGGCAGGUGGAGAAUGGAGGCGUGGAGGAGGCGGCCCAGCAGAGCCAGGUGACAGGUGGCCCGGAGCCCAAGCCCUACAACCCCUUUGAGGAGGAGGAGGAGGAGGACCCGCCAGCUGCACCCAGCCUGGCCGCUGGCCCUGCCCUGGCCCACUCGGCCGAGUCCACACCCAAGUCCCUGCACCCCUGGUAUGGCAUCACCCCCACCAGCAGCCCCAAGACAAAGAAGCGCCCUGCCCCCCGCGCGCCCAGUGCGUCCCCACUUGCUCUGCACACUGCCCGCCUGUCACACUCAGAGCCGCCCUCGGCAGCCCCGUCGCCAGCCCUCAGUGUGGAGAGCCUGUCCUCCGAGAGCUCCAGCCGGACCCCCUCUGGGGAGCUUCUGGAACCCCCAGUUGUGCCCAAGAGCUCCUCAGAGCCUGCAGUCCAUGCCCCUGGCACCCCUGGGACCUCUGCCAGCCUCUCUGCCGGCUCCUCCUCCCUGUCCUCCUCUGGGGAACUGGUGCAGCCCAGCGCAGACCAGACACCUCAGGCCAGCCCUGGCCUUGCCCCCGGUACUAGGGGCAGCCCGGCUCCCCAGCCAGCCAAGCCCUGCAGUGGCGCUGCCCCCACCCCUCUCUUACUGGUUGGAGACAAGAGCCCCGUGCCUUGCCCUGGAACCUCGUCCCCGCAGCUCCAAGUAAAGUCUUCUUGCAAGGAGAACCCUUUUAACCGGAAGGCGUCACCCACAGCAUCCCCAACCACAAAGAAGACCACCAAGGGAUCCAAGCCAGCCAGACCACCUGCCCCAGGACACGGCUUCCCCCUCAUCAAGCGCAAGGUCCAGGCCGACCAGUACAUCCCCGAGGAGGACAUCCAUGGAGAGAUGGACAUGAUCGAGCGUCAGCUGGAUGCCCUGGAACACCGUGGGGUCCUGCUGGAGGAGAAGCUGCGUGGCGGCGUGACCGAGGGCCGUGAGGACGACAUGCUGGUGGACUGGUUCAAGCUCAUCCACGAGAAGCAUCUGCUGGUGCGGCGGGAGUCAGAGCUCAUCUAUGUUUUCAAGCAGCAGAACCUGGAGCAGCGCCAGGCGGAUGUAGAGUAUGAGCUCCGGUGUCUUCUCAACAAGCCAGAAAAGGACUGGACAGAGGAGGACCGGGGCCGAGAGAAGGUGCUGAUGCGGGAGCUCAUGGCCCUCAUCGAGCAGCGCAACGCCAUCGUCAACUGCCUAGAUGAGGACCGGCAGAGGGAGGAGGAGGAAGACAAGAUGUUGGAAGCCAUGAUCAGGAGGAAAGAGUUCCAGAAGGAGGCUGAACCCGAGGGCAAGAAGAAGGGGAAGUUCAAGACCAUGAAGGUGCUGAAGCUGCUAGGAAACAAGCGGGAUACCAAGAGCAAGUCCCCAGGGGACAAGAGCUAACAGCAAGGGCAACCAGCUGGGACUUCCACCCCCCCGGCGCAUGCAGCCCCUGGGCUGUGGUCUGCUCACGGGGGGCACCCUGCUUCCCAUCGGGAUCGGUCCCAGGGAAAGAUGAUGUCAGGGGAGGGGGCCUCUGGGUGACAGCCUCUCCCUCCUCAGGGUCCUCUGGCUGGUCUGGGCCAAAGAAUUUUCUUCCCUCUUCUCAGGGCCGCAUGUAGCUGCGGCUCAGCCCUGCCCGGUCUGGUUCUGAUGACUCCAGAUGCUGUGACUGACCCAAGGAGCAAGCAGGGCCCUGAGUCCAGGGAGUGGCGGGGGCUGAGCACCCCUGCCUUGCAUCCCACCCACCGCCUGCCUUGACGGGCAGCCCCUGGGUCCCUCUUCCCUUCUGUACCAUGUCCAGAUGGGAUUGUUAGCUGUCAAAUUUCUGACCCAAAGGUCCUUCCACUCACGCGGUCUGCCCGUGGUGGACCUCUGGCCCGGGUCUCCUGCCUUCAGGGCUCUGCUGCUCUUGGCAGGCCGCAGGCCUGGCUUGGCCGCACUGGCUUCUUCCCACCCCAGCCCUGGCUCUGAGUCCCCGUUUUCCUUCCCAGUGCAGGUGGCCCUGAAUCUGUUUCUCCUCACUCAGGAGCUCUAUUUAUGAAGUCUAAUUAGGUUUGAGCUUGUUACUGUGUCCUCAGACACGAAUGGGCCUGAUGGACAAAUGCCUCCCUCUGUCCCUCAAAGCUCUAGGAGGUGCUUCUCUUGUCUUCCCUCGUUCCAUCGGAAACCUCACCCCCCAGGAAUUGGGGCUGGGUGGCCAUGCUGGGCUGGGUGGGUGCCCUAGAGCUGAGUCCCCAGGGAGGGCCUCUGGGAAACAGGCCCCAGAGGCAGUUCUGGUCCCCAAGCAUCAGCAGAGGGAGCUGUGCUUCACAGAGGUGCUAAUCCUGGUUCCUUAACACACUGUAGUCUGACCCCUCAUUUAGACUUGCCCCCCACCACCCCAGGGUUGGGGGAUGGUGGGCCUGUUCCUGGGUAUGGUCAUAACCAGUCUGUCUUCUCACACUUGACUGUUGUCCGCUCUCUCCCGACCCGUCCCCCCGAAGGACUGAUGGCUACUCACCCCUCUGAUGGCCAUGGGAGAGGAGGAGCCGACGGGGACAUUUGCCUUUUCCCCAGGGAAUGUGUCCAGCAGCCCUCGGUCAAAGCACUGUUGCUAUAAGCUAUCUCUGGGGCGCUCCAGGGCCCCCUCCCUCAGCACACCUCUGGGGAAAGUACGCACUGUAUUAACUCGUGAGGAUUUUCCUCACCAACAAUAAAUGGAGACAACCUCAGUUGCCAGUGCCCCGGAGCCUUGGGCACUUUGCCCUCAGCCAGGUCCGCCUUCUUCCCUGCCUCCGCCAUGCCCUGUGGCCAGGCCUCUCUGGUCGCCCGGGAGGGCGAGUGGGGCUGUCCACGGCCAGGGGCCUUGGCCUCCAGGGCUUGCCAGUGGGCAGGACUCCUCCUCUGCAGGGAGGGGCAGCUCCCACCCCUGCACAGCCCCUGGUGGUCUCCUUCCAAACAUGCCUGUUGACCUGGAGCUGGUCACCAACUCCAAAGGCUUUCAGGGCCAGGCAGGUCACACACCUGACCAGGCUGGGCGUAACCUGAGGGGUGGCUCUGGCAGGCUGUCUUGUGUCCGGAGACUCAGGUAGCAGGGACUGAGGUGAACUGAGGUGUCUAUGACCCAACUCAAGGGGGAAGUUCUUCCUUCCUUAAGUCAACUGUAGCCUGUGGGAAUGCGGGCCCAAGUGUGGCCAGACCUUUCCAUUUUUCAAAAGAAGCUAGAAAUCCA